UCUGCUGGUCUAUAAACACCCUCGAGACCCAUAGCCCAGCACAGGCUGAACUCCAAUACCCAGUGCUCUGGACCAGCCGCCUAAGCAGACAGACAGACAAACGGACAGAGGAAGCAAGAAGAUGGGGCCAGUCGCCUACUUCAGCCUCUGCCUCCUCGGCUGCCUGAUCUUUAACCCCUCGAUGGCCGCCCCCUCUCUCUCAGCAGGGGCACAGGCUGAGCCAUGUCCCAAGGACUGGUUGUCCUUCCACAGCACUUGCUAUGGAUUCUUUGAACAAGAGAAAACCUGGAUGGAGGCUGAGGUUCAUUGCCAGCACGAGAGGCACGGGGCCCAUCUUGCCUCCAUUCACAGUGAUGUAGAAAAUAAAGUGCUGGCCCAUUACAUCAAGCAGAAAUACAAAAAGAUCCACGCCGUCUGGAUCGGACUCACAGACCCCAAGAAGAAUCAAUGCUGGAGAUGGUCAGAUAAUUCCCUGCUCAGUUUCGCAAAUUGGGAGGAUGGGCAACCCCAGAGAUCGAAACCAGACGAGAACUGCGCAGGGUCAUCUCCUGAUUCAGAUUUUAAGAAAUGGCACGAUUAUCCCUGUGAAGACAGACACCCCUUCAUUUGUGAGCACAAACCCUAGGGGAGGCAGCUCACCUGGACCAGAGGGCUCCCAACACCUGGGCUGUGAGUGAAUCGGGUCCCUCUGGCUCCCUGGGGAGACCAGAUCCUGUGUCCCAGGUUGCAAAGUCCCUUCUGCAAAGCAUCGCUGAGUUACGCUGUGUCACUCCCGCUCUGCUCUGCCCCCUUCUCUCCCUGUCACACCCACGCUCUGCUCUUCUCAGCCAUCUCAGCACAGUGCAGUGAUAAUAAACUUUCUCUCCAGCAUUCAGCUCAGUGUGUGUCUCCUUUCUUGUGUUCCUGACUCUGGCAUGGACAGUCCCCUGUGUCGCCUGUCACCAGCAUCAGCACCCCAGAGCCAGCGCUUCAGGGGAAAGAAAUGGACUGUAUUAAGAAUGAGGAGGGCCCUGCCCUUCUGGUUAAAAAGUGGAU